UCCCAGUCCAACGGCCGGUACAGGCCUAUUAGUACAGACUGUUUUCUCUUAGAAUUUAUAUCGUUGAUCUUCUAUCCCACGUAUGAUCUACAAGUACAACUGUAGAACGUAGCAUCGCAAUAAACCGUGAUUGGCUGGACUUUUUUUUUAGCCUAGGUCAUGAGUCAAUACACUCACAAUUGCCGACUAUUGGCAAGGCGCUGCCAUCAGUGGCACCAUGUGCAGAGACCUUAUUUAUCAACGUGUAGCCAAACAGGACCAAAAGUUUGCAUUAUUGGAAGUGGACCAGCUGGGUUCUAUACUGCACAGCAGAUUCUUAAGGGCAAUCCAUCCAUCCAUGUGGACAUUCUUGACAGACUACCACUCCCAUAUGGACUGGUAAGGUUUGGAGUUGCACCAGACCACCCAGAAGUAAAGAAUGUGAUAAACACCUUUGCAGCUACAGCUGAGAAUGAAAGAUGUUCAUUUGUUGGAAAUGUGAGCGUCGGUAAAGAUGUGAGCAUUCACGAGCUACAGCAAGCUUACAACGUUGUAGUCUUGUCUUACGGUGCUGAGGCAGAUCGUGAGCUAGGCAUACCAGGCGAGGGGCUGGUUGGUGUAGAAUCAGCCCGAUCAUUUGUUGGUUGGUAUAAUGGACUUCCAGAGCACAGACAUCUGCAGCCUAACCUGAACACUGAGGUGGCUGUUGUCAUCGGUCAGGGCAACGUGGCAUUGGACAUCGCUCGAAUUCUUCUCACACCCAUCCGCCUACUUCAGGAGACGGACAUCACAGAGUAUGCCCUGGAAGCACUAACGAGGAGCAAGAUACGGAGAGUGCACGUUGUGGGACGGCGAGGCCCUCUACAGGCAGCUUUUACAAUUAAGGAGCUGAGAGAGAUGGUGACAAUGCCUGACUGCAGGACCGUGUUCACAGCGGAAGAUUUCUCAGGAGUUGAGGAAGCAUUAGCGGGAAUUCCCAGACCUCGGAAGCGGCUUACAGAGUUGAUGCUGAAGUCUGUGACGGGACGAGGCCAGACGGAGCAGGAGGUCCAGAGGCUGGCAGACGCAUCACGCGAAUUCUAUGUGAAGUUCCUAAGAAGCCCUAUUCAAGUGCUGCCAUCUGCUGAUGGAAAACGACUUAGAGCUCUAGAACUGGCUGUGAAUGUACUCGAGGGCUCAGGAAAGAGUGUUCGUGCGCGAUCUACAGAUGACAGGGAGGUCAUUGACUGUGGUUUGAUUCUGCGCAGUGUUGGUUACAGGAGUGUUGCUAUAGAGAAGAGCAUCCCAUUUGAUCAUAGUCAUGGCACAAUUGCCCAUGAGAAUGGAAAGGUUAAUGGCAAACAGGGUCUCUACUGUAGCGGCUGGGUGAAGCGUGGACCCACAGGAGUUAUUCUCGACACCAUGUCAGAUGGAUUCCAGACGGGAAAGCUCAUACUGCGAGACAUUGAGUCAGGGGUUGUCUCAGCCGAGACUAGACCGGGCAGCGAGGCUAUUUUGAGGCAUCUCUCCAAUAAAGGUGUACAGACUGUAUCGUUUGACGACUGGAAGAGGAUAGAUGCGGUGGAGAUAGAGAGGGGGCGUGAGCGGGGGAAGCCCAGAGAGAAGCUAACAGACCUAAAGGAGAUGCUUCGCAUAUGUACUGAGCGGUGACUGUGCGGCACUGGCCCUUCCUAGCUAUGUAAUACAGUGCUGUGCGAGGACAUCACUAGACUAGCGCUAAUGACUAAUGUGCUGCAAAGCAAGGCACAAUGUUUUAUACCUCACAGUAUUUUACGAUGUUGUGAAAAUCUCUGCAUAAAAUACGUUAUUGUGCACUGAUUUAUAAUGAUAUAUUAUAUUACAUCAUGUUAAAGACCA